AUGGCAAGCGAUCUGGCGGCAGCCUGCCAAUUUAUUAUCGCCUCGGGCGUAUUGCGGCUGGUCGUGGUCGACCGUGCUCGUUCGUGGUCGAUCGCGGUCGGCUGUGGUCGGUCGUGGUCGACUCGCGCGCACGCCGCGCGGUUAUGUGGGGGCUUUGUGCGGUGGGUUGUCACGUGGUGUUUGGCGCAGGCGCGGCCGGGCGCCGGUAAGAUGCGCCAGCGGCGUCGCGCUAACCACCGCACCGCCGCAAUACUCGUCGCCUGCCUGCUCUACCUCGGCCGCCGAUGCCGGGCCGACGCCGCCGUGUCGCUCAUACUUCACAUAGAUGUCGGUCUCGCCGGCGCUUGUCGUGGAAGCGGUGUGCAAAAAAAAAGUAGCACCCCGGCAGCCAUCGAUUUCGAUUUGCAUUUUAAUAUGAUGAAGGGGAUGAUGCGGUACGUGGCUGUCGUAUUGUGC